CCGCGUUCGAAUAUCGGUCGACAGAGGGAGUGACCGCCGCAGCACAAGCAAAUCAGCCAAGUACAAGACGAUGAGCUCGAAAGCUGCCAAGGGGUCCGCAAAGGGUGGAGCUGCUGCCAAGGCUGCCAAGCAUAUUGAAGAGGAAGAAGUCGACGCUCCCGAAGAGGAUGACGAUGGUGAUGAGGGCGAGGAUAGCGUAGAAGACGAAGAUGCUGAAGGCGGGGACGAUAAUGAAGAAGGUGAUGACGACGAAGAAGAAGGUGAAGGCGGUGACGAGGAGGAGGACGACGAAAACGAUGGAGAAUUUGAAGGCGAAGAAGGUGGGGACGACGAUGAUGACGACGAAGACCACGAAGAAGACGAGGAAGAGGAAGACGACGAUGAUGACGAGGAUGAGAAGCCCCCUUCCAAGAAGCAAAAGAAAUAAUCUUUCAACUCACUGCCGCCUUGACGACGUGCAUGUGUCGACGCCAUCUUCGUUUGUCAUGUGCCCUGCUCGAUGGAGGCAACGGACAUAGGGACUGCUACUUUUUUUUUUGUUUUCACCACCAUCAAUGGAUCUAUCAUAUUCAUUGGGUACACA